UGCAUCCGCCAUCUUGGAAAUUACGAAGUAAUCGGUGACGUUGGUUACAGAGCACUCUACUUCGUGUUUUGGCUCAAGCAAAUCAAAAUAAUGAGUCGCAAACAAACUCCAAGUGACUUUCUGAAGCAAAUUAUCGGCCGUCCUGUGGUGGUGAAGCUCAAUAAUGGCGUCGAUUACCGAGGAGUACUAGCCUGCCUUGAUGGUUACAUGAACAUUGCCUUAGAACAAACAGAGGAGUAUGCAAAUGGACAGCUGAAAAACAAAUAUGGUGAUGCUUUUUUGAGAGGAAACAACGUGUUGUACAUCAGCACACAAAAGACGAGUAGAAGAUGAAAAUAAGCAAGUGAAGAAAAGGAAAUAUCAGACCACAACAUCUGCCAACAAAGUUUACAUGUUGAUCUGCUCAUGGUUCCUUGUAAAUAGCGGUUUUGCUCAUGAUUCCUUGUAAAUAACUAGCGUUUUUGUAUUUUUCAUUGUAGAAGUCAAUAAAGUUUUGCCAGAAUACAGAAA